AACAACACCCUCUACAACUACGACAACCACUACAACAACGACUACAACUACCACGCGGCCGCCUAUAAUUAUUCCUGUAACUUACAACAACUACAGACCGUCAUUUUCAAAACCUUCAACAACCACAACAACAACUUUGAAGCCAUCUACCAUAUCAUCAAUUACAACAACAUCAGCUAGGAUAUCAACGUUUCGCAACUCAACAUGGUAUUUUGCUUCAUUGCCGUCGUUCACUGUUUCGCCACCAGGAGAUCAUAUGGGAGAAUUUUCUUCAUCUACAGGACUGCUUGAUAGGACUUCAACCCUUAAAACAGUGUUUCACCUCCAUACAGAAACUACUCCAACAUUUCACAACUGGCAACCUUCACCAAGUUUCUCGGAAAGGGAAGAAUUUUGUGCUCCAACAAUGGCCAGGAAUAUUUUGUGGAACUGGACUCGUCAAGGAGAGGUUGCAGUACAACAGUGUCCAGGUGGUUCUACAGGUCGCUCAAGGUGGCAGUGUGGGUCAAGCCCUCCUCGGUGGGUGGGUUCUUUCCCUGAUCUCAGCAACUGCCAGUCGACAUGGGUUGAAAGCCUCAAGAGAAGGAUUAAUGGUGGGGAUUCGGUGGUAGGUAUUGCAGCAGAAUUGGCUGUAAUCACUAGAACUAAGCCUCUGUUUGGAGGGGACAUAACUCAGACAUUGGUCAUUCUCCACCGCCUUGUCUCAAAGCUGGAAGAUCGUGUCCAAGAAAUUACGGACGACAAACAACGCUAUCAAGUGAUCAGAGAGAUGCUUCAAUCUGUGCAGGAAGUCAGCAGUAACCUCCUGGAAGAAUUCCAGAACCAGUCUUGGCUAGAUCUUCCUGUGUCUCAACAACGGCUGGCGACUUCAGCCCUGAUCCAGAGAUUGGAACAGAUCACGUGGUUACUGGCCGACUCACAAUCUUAUGGAAGACGCUUUUCGCGUGCCGAAUCAAAUAUUUUGGUAUCCAUCAGGUUGGUAGAAACUUGGGCUGCUUCUGUCGUCUACUUUCCUGUUCCAGAAGACGUAGAAGGGACACGGUGGUAUCGAAUGGAGGAUUCUAUACUUUUACCAGCAGCUGCUUUAUUAGGAAGUGCACUAAAUGGGGUUGUGAAAGUAGUAUUUGUAGCUUACAACAGGGUGGAAGAGUUUUUAUCCUUAGAGAUAAACCUCCCAGUAGAUAUGGGAAGCACAGUUAGUUCAGUCACUGGUUUAACGAACUCCACCCAGGUAAUCAACUCCAGACUUAUCUCUGCGUCGGUUGACAACUUUCGAAUGGUAAAACUACAUCAACCUGUGACUGUUACCUUAAGACAUUUGCAGGAAGAGAAUAUGAGCAAUCCUCGUUGCGUGUUCUGGGAUUUUGAUUCCAGACAAUGGUCAACAAAAGGAUGUUGGCUAAGGAAAACCAACACCACCCAUACAGUGUGCUCUUGUAACCAUCUGACUAACUUCGCUCUAGUGAUGGAGGUAACCGUUAAUCAGGCUAAACGAACGGAAAAUGUUGCAGUUCGAAUCAUCUUUACUGUCGGCUGUGCCUUGGCGUUGUUCUUUUUGUUAGUCACCUUUGUUAUUCUCCAGUUUGUAAGGAAUUUGCAAGGAGUUCGCAGCACAAUCCAUAAAAAUAUCUCUUUGUGUCUGUUUCUGGCUGAAGCUGUCUUUAUCGGUGGUAUAGACCAGAUCAACAACCGAAUUCUGUGCGGAGUAGUAGCAGGACUUCUCCAUUACUUCCUUCUUGUCGUCUUUGUCUGGAUGUUUCUGGAAUCAUUUCAACUGUUUCUGAUGGUAAUGAAAACGUUUAAGGCUGAGAAGUCUCGUUGGAAGUGGUACUGUUUUCUUGGCUAUGGCUUUCCUGUUGUCGUUGUCGGAGUCUCUGCUAUCGUUGAUCCUUACAGUUACGGAACAAUGUCAUUCUGCUGGCUGAAGAUGAAGAAUUAUUACGUGUUUAGCUUCGUAGGACCAGCUCUAGCUUUCGUGGUGGUCUGUGUUUUUUUCUUGGUUCUAAUUCUGUGCCAAGUGUGUUACAAAGUACAAAAUGCCCAUACAAUAAAGAAUAAAGAACCAACCAAAGCAUCAAACGUAAGAAUAUGGUGUCGAGAAGCUUUGUUGAUCGUAUUAGUAACGAGUCUAACAUGGGGUUCAGCUCUGUGGUUUCUGUUCGAGGGAACAUCUCUGACAGCAUACGUGUUCGCCGUCCUCAACUGUCUUCAGGGUGUUAUAAUAUUUAUCAUAUUCUGCAUAAGAGACCUCGAGGUUAGAAAGGCUUUCUGGAAAACCCACCAUCAAGUUGAUUGGCUACCGAAAUGUUGCAGGAAGUCUAAAACACAAGAUAGCCAGCCGAGCCUUUACGUCCACACGAACGGCUUAAUGACCGCGGCCCCUGUCCCGUCAAUCAGCGGCCAGCAUAGUUUACCACGCCCACCAUGGAGGUUAUUGAAGGACCAUCAAACGUGGGAUACCAGGUCAACCAUCAUGAAUUCUAUCACACCAGAUCUCCCAUUUAUUCCCAUGGUGGGUUUACAAACUGACGAUCUCCGCCUGAAAAAUUGGCUUUCUGCUUCUUAUAGGAAAAUGAAUCAAGGCAAGAGAAGUGUUCUUUUAGUGGAUCGGGCUACCUUUAUAGGCGGUUCUUCAUCCGUUGAUAACUCCGCAUUCUUAAGAUACCCUUCACAAGGAAUGAUUACAACUGUAGAUCGACCUCAACAGAUAUAUCCUCAUCACCCAUGUGACACGUAUCCAUCACGUAUAGAUCAUGUUUACGAAACUGUCGCAGCAGAUUCUGUAAUUAGACGUAAAAACGGUGCUAGUAAUUCAUGGGCAACACAAGAUAACGACGAAGAAUCCUCACAAGUAGAGAACUGGCCAAUACGAAGAGUUCUGAAAGACGAAUUAGUAUCUAAACAUUGCGAUCAUCCCUUUGAAAGCACCUCCAUGCUCACUUCUCUUGGGGCUCCUCGCACUCGUCACCUAACGUUAUUUCCAGAGGGCUAUCUUCAUACCCAAAAUGCUUAUAGUGGCAUAAGUAGUCCCUCGGAUUCGGACGUCUCUGGUAGCAGCUCGGAGAAUGAACAGUAUGGCAUAUCGUCCUCUGUCAGCCCAGAUCUUGCCAGUACGUCCAGUGUUGAUGUAGCACCCGAUAGUCAACUCCUACAGAGCAUGCCCAAUUUACACACGUGGGAGGGAAGUUCAACUCCCUCGUUCCCGCAUGUGCUCAAGUAUCCCAGUGACAAUACAGUUUUGAACCCUGGUGUUGGAGAAGACCCAGAGGAGAUUCGAGCAGCCUGUUGUCCUACUGAAACUAAACACAGUUAUGAAAGGUGAUAUGUAUUUUUCGUAGUGGCUCAAAGUAACAACUGUACACGAAGGGAAUUAAAACUUCGCUUGUGGCUAGUCAAUCUAUAAUUGUGUAAUAUGUUGCUUCUGUAUAUGAUGUAGAAAGGUGAUGUACCCAUUCUCGGGGUGCAAGGUUCACUGAUCUUAUUUACUCAGUGUAAAUACUGUUGUUCAUUUCAAUGGAAAAUUAAGCUUGUACUGCUCCCUAUAUUUCAGGUGUUUUAGUGGUUGAUGAGCACAUUAUUUUCCCAUAUGUUACUUGACAUUUCUUAUGUGUUGUAAGUUUAUCAUCUUGUAACAUGAUACACUUACUGCUUCAUAUUUUGUGAAUGACUUCUCUGAUUACUUAAAGUAAUGAAUUAUUAGCCUAAUUUGAAAAUUACGAAGCAAGAUAAUAAGGAUUUCUUUAUCGCAUGUGUAUAAUCCAUAUAACUGUGUAUAAAUAUAUAUUUUAGCUGUAGCAAACUUUGAAAUGGCACAUUGAUUUCUUUCUAUUAUUUAUAAUUUUAUUUUUACUUUUUUAUUUUGAAAUAUAACAGAUCUAAUUAAAAAUCGACAGAUAGGAUACGUAUGUAAUGUUCAAAGACACACACACACACAUACAGUAAUAUAAACUGUGGAGUUAAACUCUUGAUUGAAGUGUAGAUAAAAACUCGCGUUUUUCUUACGUGUGGAGAUUUAAUAAGUGAUAUGCAGGCAAGACACUAAAACAAGUAACAUUACUGGGUCUAACAGUUACUGCCAAAAACGCAACUGAUCACGUAUUGAAUUCUUGAUUUAUAAACUAAGCAUUCUCAUAAAUUAAAUAGCCAAGAUUUAGUUAGCUCUGAGACUC